GCUCUGGUUUCUGCUAAACGAGUUCAUAGUGUGCGGAGUCAGUCAGCCAGUGCACUUUCAGAAUAUCUCCAGACGAACAUUUAUGGGUAUUCGCUUCCAGUCACUACUUAAUUUAUAAAUAUUUCAAUUAUUGUGGUUCAAAAUCAUCCAGCUCGACCGUCACACCCAAUCAAAGAGGAACGGCUCAAAAUAUUCAAGUCGUUCGACAGUCGCACAGUUUGAAACUGUUGCGGCUGCUAGAAGAGCUAGUUCAGGGUAGCUGAGAAGCUGCGGUCAGGGAAAUAACAGCAAGUCGUUGGUUAGUUAAUGUGCUCGACCACAGUAUUUACAAAAUCAGCAGGAUUACAACCAGAGGAGAGACUGGACGGAAGCUUACCGGAACUGGCAGAUUAGAGAUGGAAGGAGAUGAGUGCAACUUUCCUCCAGAUUCAUCAGAUGAUCACUCACUAAGAGGAAGUGUUGCUUCCUCUGCAACACUAUCCCGUGCUCAAGAUGUGCUUGUAUACCUGUUUGGUGAGAGUGCAGUACACUUAACUAUAGAAGGGCUCGGCAGUGUCACUGUGCAGGAGCUGGGCCGCAGUGUUCGGGAAGCUCUCCACGUUCCUGAAUCUGCACAGGAUGCUUUUGCCUUCUGGCUUUGCUCUCCAUUGCUUGAACUGCAGUUAAAGGCGAGGCAUCAGCCAUACAAGUUGUGUCGGCAGUGGCACGACUUGCUGUAUCGCUUCACCGAUGCUUCAGAGGAAGACAUUUCACAAGAUGAACCGUGUCUCCAGUACAGACGCAGUGUGUUUUAUCCGAAAUCUAAAGAGCUGCAGAUACAGGAUGAGGGAGUGUUGCGACUUCUUUAUGAGGAAGCCAGGGGCAACAUCCUCACCGGUCGAUACCCCUGCGACCCUGAGCACUGGACUAGUCUUGGAGCUUUGUCUCUUGCUCUUGAUGAGGGAACUGGUCUGGACAGCCAACAAUUUGCUACAACUAUAAGGGAGAAGAAGCUGUCUUCUUAUCUGCCUGCGCACGUCACCAUGGGGAGCGGAGGUUUGUUCUCUACUUUGCGAGGGAAGUCAAGCCGUCAGGUCGGGCUGGAGCAGAACCUCUUGGAGGAGUACAGAAAGAUCAGCACAUCUGCUGGAAGCUCUCCUGAGCCCACACAGCUCAUACACCAGUACCUCAACACGUGUCACACGCUGCCUUAUUAUGGGUGCGCUUUCUUCUUUGGGGAGAUUGACAAACCAGCUCAAGGGAUCUUGCAAAGGGGAAAACGCAAAGUGGUCAACAUCGGGAUCUGCUUGGAGGGUGUUUAUGUGAUGGAUGUCAAAGAGAAGCACGUGCUGCUCGGCCUGCGCUUCAGCGAGCUUUCCUGGGACCACAGCUACCCCGAGGAGGAAGGGGAUUCACACAUUCUGUGGCUGGAGUUUGAUGGUGAUGAAGACGGCACUCCUGUCAACAAGUUGCUAAAGAUCUACUCAAAACAGGCGGAGCUAAUGAGCGGCUUCAUUGAGUUCUGUGUGGAGCUUAAGUCUGCGUCCGAGGGGGGAGCUGCAGCCGAGACAGAUGGCGAGGUGGGUUCAUCUCAGCAGCCCGCUGGACAGGAAGAGAGAAGCAAGAAUGGACGCGGAGGAAGGCGCGGGAUGCUGCACAGGCAAGGCAGUGUUGUGUGCAGUCGAGUCCACUCGCUUAACACCAUCAGCUACGUGGACACCGGAAAAGAAAUCAAACGCUUGAAGCCCAAGAGAGCCGCGUCUUUCUUCGCCCGACAGAUGUCUGCACCCUCCUACUCCGCCGUGCAAGUGACAGGGAGUCUGGAGCACGGUUAAAGUCACUGAUCAGAUCUGACCCGUUCCCCUCGGAGACCAAAUCUGAACAUUUUACACUGCGAUUUAAAAAAGCAAAAGAGACUUACUAUGAGCUUCAGACAUUUGUCUGCUAAUAUAUGAACAUGUAAAGGACCAAGUGAGAGCGAUCCAAGUGUGAGUGACAAUAUUUAUCUUCUGAAGUUGUGUAUAUUAAGCGAGUAUAGUAAUGUGAAAACGAAAAAGAUCUAUUAGCAGCUAAGCUUCAAAGGUUCACCUGAAGUGGCUGUUUUUUAAAUAGCCUUAUAUAAAGAACACAAUGGAUAAGUGUGAGACAAGCCUUCUAAUAAUCCUCAAACAAUGACUCUAGUCAAUAACUGUAUGGUGUUUUUGACCUUUCUGCAGCGCUCUAGAAGCAGAUUUACUGCUACUAUUCUAACAUGUUACACCUCAAAUGAGUAUAACCACUGCAUUACCUCUUCAUCUUGUCGGGGACUGAACAUUAAGAACAUUUAAACCUUUUGUGACUCCUCCUCAGACUGUAAGAGAGAACCUCAAACACCAACAGUCAGCAUGACAAACACUUUUCAGGGGACGAUCUAAGGGUGCAUUUCCGCUAUUCUGCUUUUUCAAACUGCCAGUGCCUUGGUGUCUUGAAAGGGUGAAUCCACUUCAGAAAGAGCAGAAACAUAUAGUGUUCGGAUUUCCUGACCAUAAACAAUCCGUAUGGGAGCACAUUGGCUGUGUUGUGAAGGACUUUUGUAAGUACAGGACUUUUGACAUCAGUAUUUACUGAUAUCUGCAGCUGGUUUCAAAGAAAGCGCAGGUCCGACCUGCUUUAAAAAGUUUUAUAGUUUGAAUUUAGUCAAAAGAGCUUCUUGUUAAAGAAUCUGCAAUUAGGUGGUCACAGUAUCAAGUUUUUUAAUUGAUUUGCACUAAUAAAAGAAUCAAAUUAGAGCUAUAAAACUGUAGAAACUAUAUAGAAAUAGGUAAAAAUGCAUUCAUCUGAUAAUCAUUCUCCAUCCCUGCCACACCACGCUUGUAUUCAAAUUCAAACUUUCAAAGCAGCUCUCGCACAGAUCCAAACGUGACUGUUGGACUUGAUAAGCAAGAAAAGUGACGCAAUACUGCUCUUGUGCAACUUCUGACAUGACAGAAGGUAAAUUGAAAGUGUAGAUACUAAACAGACUACCAAUGACUAUUUUCUGCAAACACGAUCACGGUUGACAUUUGAAAAAACAAAACAGGGAACACUGUGUCAACACCUUGUUUUCAGCUUUAUGAUGAAGCAUCGUCCAGUACGAAGAAGCCACUGCAGAAACAAUAGCUUUCUAAAACAGUUUGAACUUCACUGUAUCUCCAAAAGUUAACCAAUUUGUUGACCCAGUUUUCAGUGGAGAGCGAUGUUGCGCUCUGAACAUAAAACAAGGACCAAGUUGUGGCCACACUGGUGAAAAUCUAAGUCUUUCCACCAAAGCGAGCCUGUCGGACAUGCUGCAACCAAGUAUGCUACCUUAACACUGCAGAGACAGAUUUUAGCCUCCAGCACUUGGCAGAGUCCCCCGGGUGUCUCUCUGAACUCCACCUGAAUGCUAACAGAGACAGUUUCUGUCUCCACAUCUCUAUAAUAGCGCCUUCCACUUGAACAUAUGUCCUCAUUUGAGAUGCGGCGGCAUAUACUGUCUGUUCUUCCUGAUGCUCCUCAGCAUGCAAACUGCAGAAUGUCCUUACUUUUCUAUGCUUUGACUUGUAUAUCAGCUACUGUCUGUAACCUAACUCCAACAGUUCAGUAUAUUGUCACUAGCAAACACUAUGCAUGCCCCGUUGUAGAAUAGGCAUUCCUACAGUCUACGCAUCAUGUGAUGCUGCACUACUAAUACACUGUUUCUAAAUCUUUUACAUCAGCAAGUUGUUUUGUAUUGUUUGUUAGCUUUUAUGAGAGAAAAUUUUUACUUUUCUUUUUUUUUGGUUUUCAUAUACUUGCCAGUGUUUGUAUAAGUGAAUGAAGAAAUAGGUCUCAAACAGUCACUUUGCAGAAGCUUAAAAGUGCCUUUUUUGUUUCUACUAAGUUGGCAUCUAAAUGACUGUUUUGGUGCUUUGAAACCAGAAAUGGACCGUUUUGGUAUUGCUAUGGUUUAAAAUUGUUAUAUUAUCAACCUUUCCUAGCUGAUGUGAGUACACUAACAUACCGGAUGGUGGAUGUUGAACGGUGUACUGUGAUUCCUCUCAGUUGUCAGUUCUGCCUUCAUUAAAAUGAUCAGAUGAUGCAAA